UUGCAGAAUCUAUAUAGGCGAUCGACACUGGCCACAGCUGAUGAUAAACGUUUCGAUGAUUCGAGAGGACGCGGAGCUGGCGGCGGGCCAGGCGAGGCCGAGGCACGCGGAUCGUUGCCGAACUUAGCGGAACUUGAGGAAACCGGAGUACAUCUGCGGAGAGAAGAAGCGGCACGCCUGGCUUCACAUCAGCGUCAAGAGUUACAGCGCCUCCUGGAAGAGGAACAGUUACUGCGCAGCAAUCCUCUCCGAUAUCUAUUCCAUCCCGCCUUCAGGGCUUGGUUAAUACGUUGGAAAAUGCCGCUGAUGUUAUCGGUGGCAAACAUCUUCCUGUUGAUGGUCUUCUACAAUCUUCUCACUUACGAUAAGCGAACGCGUGAACGGCGAUAA